CCAGCACCAUUGCUCUCUUCCUGAACUUCUUGUCCUCGCUGGCCUGGUUCUGCGUGGAGCCCUCGUCUGGUUCUGGGUUUGGCCUCUCCAUUCUCUGGGCUCUGCUCUACACGCCCUGCUCCUUUGUCUGCUGGUACAGGCCCAUGUACAAAGCCUUCAGGAGCGACAGCUCGUUCAACUUCUUUGUCUUCUUCUUCGUCUUCUUUGCCCAGAACGUGAUGUACGUGCUGCAGGCGAUUGGCAUACCAAACUGGGGAUUCAGUGGCUGGAUAUUGAGCCUGAUCGCGCUGCGGAAGAACACGGCCGUGGCUGUGAUGAUGAUGCUGGUGUCCUUGUUUUUCACAGCAGUGGCUGUGUUGGGCAUCAUUAUGCUGAAAAAGAUCCAUUCUCUGUACCGCCGGACGGGCGCCAGCUUCCAGAAGGCACAGGAGGAGUUUGCUGCAGGGGUCUUCUCCAACCAGGCGGUGCGCACUGCGGCCGCCGCUGCGGGUGCUGCCACCAAUGCCUUCCGGGCACCCUAG